UAAAUGCACACAUCAUGUUAGGCACACGAUUGCAAAACUCAACAGCAGACAAGCACCUGGUCUUCUCUCUCACUCAAGAUGAACCUUGUUUUACUCAGCGUCCUCCUUAUCGCCCUGCAACAGGCACAGGGCAGCAGCAGCCAGCCCUGGCUUCUGAAACCAAACGUGCUGGUCGUGGAGAAGGAGAUGCAGAGCACCGUGGAGGUCCCGCUGAUCUGUGGGGAGUCCUUCGAGGGAGCAGAGAUCUCCUGGCGGAACGAGGGCGAGGAGCUGGGCCAGCGUGGGAACCGGAUCACCGUCACCGUGGAGGAGAUGAUGGCGGGGAACUACACCUGCCAUGACAGUGCCGGCGCCCUCCUCGGACACCAGCUGGUGCUGGUGCAGGUGCAGGGCGGCCAGAGGCAGAGGAAAAUCCUGAAGGGGUCUGACAACGCAGACUACAUAAAGUGCUCAUCUAAAAACUAUGGCGGAAUUUUCCGCUGCUCGUGGCAGUGGAGCAACGAGAGGAAGGGAUCUGUUGUGCUCAUCAGUGCAACUCGUUCCUCAGAUGGGAGAGACAUCACCUGCACUCUGGACAGUGAUGAGGCAGGAAUCACCUGCACAGACCAGUUCCAAUGCGCUUAUUCAGAGGAACAGGACCACAUUGAGCUCGAGGUGUACGUCAGAUCCCUGUACCGCUUGGAGAAGUACUUCAGCAGCUUUUCCAUCUCUGAAAUAGUGAAACCCGACAGUGUCCACAUUGCGAAGCUCCAGGGAAGCACGUUCGAGCUGCAGUACCCGGAGACGUGGAGCGUGCCGGCAUCCUUCUUCCCCCUCAGGUUUCACAUAAAAGUCGUGCCCCAUAAGAAAGACUGCGACUAUGAGGCCCAAAGUCGAACCCAGGUGAUCUUCACGCAGAACCAGACAUUCUCAGUCAACAACAGAAGAGAGUUUCUCCUUUGUGUCAGGGCACAGGAUCCCUUGUGCAACUCUGCCUGGAGCGAGUGGAGCAAAUACGAGUAA